UGGCAACACUGUUUUAAAGCAGAAAAGACAUCAUGGCGGUGAUGGAAGGUCCACUUAGCAAGUGGACGAAUGUUAUGAAGGGUUGGCAAUAUAGGUGGUUCGUAUUGGAUGACAAUGCCGGUUUACUGUCUUAUUAUACGUCUAAAGACAAGAUGGUUCGUGGUGCUAGACGAGGAUGUGUUAGACUUAAAGGAGCUGUAAUUGGAAUUGAUGAUGAAGAUGAUAGUACUUUUACAAUAACAGUUGAUGGAAAAAUUUUUCACUUUCAAGCUAGAGAUGAAGAAGAGCGAGAACGUUGGGUUAGGUCUUUAGAGGAAACUAUUUUAAGACACUCGCACAGUGGCUUAUAUCAUAAGAAAUGGGAUGAGCUACAUUCAUCUUCAACAUUACAAGAUUUUGAUAAAAAGUUAAUGGAGUCCGAUGCUUAUCUUCAAAUUUUGAUUGAUCAAGUCAAGGAACUUGAUUUAAGAAUAGAAAAUAGUACUGAUGAAGUAGAAAAAGCUCAACUAUCUAAUGUGAGAGAUAAAGCUAAUGCAAUGUUAGAAACUAUUAAACAUUCAAUUGUACUUUUACAAAUUGCCAAGAAUACAACGCAUCCUGUGAAUGGUGUUUACCAUUCUUAUACAGGACCAGAAAAAGCUCCUUCCAAUCAUUUAGCACCUCCAUCCAUAUUGUCAAAAGCAAAUGUAGAUAGUUUAAUUGCUGCACAAAAAUUUGUCAGUGAAACAGCAAUAACUGGUAUUGAUUGUGCAACUGAAUGUUUAGAAGAUACAUUAGGAAAUGAAGGAACAAGAAGUGCCUCAGUUCCUUCUUCUCUUAAUUGUAGCAAAGAUUCUAUUCCUGCAACUGUACAGGAAGUGCAAGAAAAAUUACCUCAUGUCACAACUGCUCCUGCUACACAUCUGACACUCUUUGUACCUGAAACAUCUUACUCAAGUAGUGAUGAUGAUGACUACUUUGAUGCCACUGAAGAUGCUGGAACAUCUUUACAAAGUCCAAAUAGCCAUAGAGUAUUUGAAGAUGCUGUAGAAAAUAUGUGUGAUGAUAAGUUAAGACUUAAUCCAAUAACAGGAACAGAGAAAAGAAUUGACUAUGAUGCAAUAUAUGAAGAUGAUGAUGAAGAGGAUUUAGGUUCUGUUGGUGGUCAGGGAAGUGUUAUAAGUCAUCUUCUUUCCCAAUUAAAGAUAGGUAUGGAUCUUACAAAAGUUGUUUUGCCAACUUUCAUAUUAGAACGACGUUCCCUCCUGGAAAUGUAUGCUGAUUUCUUUGCUCAUCCAGAUUUGUUUAUUAGUAUAACAGAUUAUCCUGAUCCAAAAGAUCGUAUGCUGCAGGUGUUGAAAUGGUAUAUGUCAGCAUUCCAUGCAGGAAGGAAAAGCUCGGUUGCUAAGAAACCAUACAAUCCAAUUUUGGGAGAAGUAUUCCGAUGCUUUUGGGACAUUCCUAACGUCGAAAAUUCUGAGGCUGAAUCCCAAGAAAAGGUUUCAGAUGGACCUGUUCCUUGGGCACACAAAAAUAAUCUUACAUUUAUUGCUGAACAAGUGUCACAUCACCCACCAGUAUCAGCCUUCUAUGCAGAACAUUAUAAUAAAGGAAUUUCUUGUUGUGCUCAUAUAUGGACCAAGUCAAAAUUUCUAGGGCUUUCUAUUUGUGUUCAUAAUAUUGGUCAGGGUUGUAUUUCAGUAUUGAAAUAUGAUGAAGAAUAUUUAAUUAAUUUUCCAAGUGGAUAUGGAAGAUCCAUUCUAAGUGUGCCUUGGAUUGAAUUAUGUGGUGAAGUUAAUAUUAGUUGUGCCAAGACAGGCUACUAUGCUCAUAUCGAUUUUCAUUCUAAACCUUUCUACAAUAACAAGAAACAUCGUAUCACUGCUAAUGUCUUUCAACCAAGUGACAAAAAGCCUUUUUAUACUGUGACGGGAGAAUGGAAUGGUGUAAUGGAAGGAAAGAAUUUAAAUACUGGGGAAACAGAAGUUUUUGUAGAUACAAGAUCUAUUCCAAUUGUGAGGAAAAGAGUCAACCGUGUAGUAGAACAGGAACCAUACGAGUCACGAAGGCUAUGGAAAGAUGUUACUGCAGCUUUAAAACUGUAUAAUGUACAUCAUGCAACAGAAUCAAAAUUUGCUUUAGAACAAAAACAACGAGAAGAAGCCAAAGAGAGAUUAGCAAAAGGAACAAAGUGGGAAACUAGGGUAUUUCACGAAAUAGGAGAAAAUUGGGUGUACGAUGAACCACUAAUAAAACGAAUUAAUAGGGAAUCAUUAAAAUAAUAGAUAUAUGAACUGUGAAAUAUUGUAAGGAACUAGUCAUUGUAAGAGCGGAGUACAAAUGUGAAUGUAUGUAAAGAAAUUAAAUUAUAAUCACCACUCUUACAAUAUUGCAAACAGCACCACAAAUUUACGAAUGAGUGAGAAGAUAUUAUAUUAAUGGAAGUUAUAUUCUAAUAAUAAUUUCAAGAACAUGGUUAUGAUUUUGGUUUAUAGCAUAGCUAUAAUUUUUUGGAUGUCAUAUGAAUUUGUGCACUAUAUAAACAUUUCCAUUAUUCUCUUUCCUUCGUGAGAUUUUUUUCAUUCAAUUAAAUAACACCAAAAAUACAAUAUCAAGUAUUUUAUUAGUAUUUACAA